GACGGAAGCAGCCUCUUUCCCCUCCUCUCCCCAAUCCCGCCCUUCCCGUGGUUACGCAAACACAAGGCCGGGCGGGAGAAGCCGGGCUUGGUGGAGAGCGCGAGGCGAGAGGCGCUCUCCGAAGGGGCCUCCAAGCGCCGGGGCGCUAGCGACGCCUUCUGCCCGGCCGGCCCGCGGAACCGCAUUUCAGCACCUUUUUUUGAUCAUGGACCGUAUGUAUGAAGAUGUGUCAGACUGUGAAGUGGAUCACUCUUUCUUCGAUAGUGACUUUGAAGAAGAUGCGGCGAGGAAAGGAGCAACAACAAAAACAGAUGAGAAGGGAAAUAGUGAGCACACACAAACGGAAGAUACGAUUACAGGCAAACCUGGCUUGAACACGGAAACCAAAGUGGUGGAGGAUAACUGUACUGAGGAAGAAGACAAGGCAAAUAAAGAUACAGAAUCUCAGGAGGGGGAGGAAUUAAUCAAUGGUGCUUGUGAUCCUGAAAAUGCUGUGUUGUCGUUAGCUUCUCUAAAUUCAGAAAAGGCAAGUACAUCUGGUAGGAUUUCAGCACAAGGUAAAGGAACGCAUGGAAAAAAUAUUUCCCCUCAAGUUGACCAAAGAGUUAAAGAAUCUGAGGAAAACUACUAUACAGAUGAAGAAGACAGUAGCGAUGACAGCAGAAACCAGAGGGUUAGACUUAAGUUGUCUAAGCAGUCUAAUAGUGCAAAGGUUAGCAAGAAUAUUGCAGUCAGUUCCUCCUCGUCUUCCUCCUCCUCACAUUGCCUAUCCUGUAGUUCUGAUACAGACUGCUCAGAUUCAGAUGGUUGCUUGUCAGACUCAUCCUGCUCUUCUUCAAAAAAGAAAAGCAAAUGUAGCUUGGCGCUUCUUUCUCUGAGACAAAAACCCAGCACAGGAAUUAAAUCGGUGGAAGUAAAACCCAAGCUUGGUGACUAUGCAGAAGAGUCUGAAGAUACUGUGACUGAUGUGACUCCUCUGUCAACUCCAGACAUCAGCCCCAUCCAGUCUUUUGAACUUGCAGCAUCUAAUGAUAAGAAACUAAAGGUUAAAAGACAAGAAAAUGUGAGCCAGGACUUAUAUGAACCCGACUUGGAUCACAAAUGUCAUCAAAAGGUCCUGCAAGAGGCUGUGGACUUGAAUCAUCUUUUGAAAGCUUUUCUGCAGCUGGAGAAAAAAGAACAACAGAAGCUGGUCUUGGAUCAGUCCUCUAUAGGGUCAAGGAAAAACUACUCUUUCACAAAUGAGGAAGUUCGACAAAUUGAUCGGGAGAACCAAAGGCUCUUAAAGGAAUUGACAAAGCACUCUGCAAAGCCCAGGAGCAAAAGUACCUCACUGAAGAAGCCUUCAGGCCCAGCACCUAAGAUGUACCACAGUGCCAUCAACAGGCAGAGAGAGCAGCAAAGGAUUGACAGAGAGAAUCUGGCUUUUUUGAAGAGGCUUGAAGCAGUGAAACCGACGGCUGGUAUGAGGCGCUCUGAACAGCUCAUGGACUAUCAGCGGCAGAUGAGUUACCUCAGUUCUGCUCCCUCUCCAAGGCGAGGGAAGUCUGCCUUAAGCCACCACAGCCCUUCUCGAGGUGCUUCGCGAGCAUCCAGCCACAGUGCAUCUAGUACCGUGAGUCGGAGAAGUGAAAGACCCGUUUAUGACUCUUCUAGUGGUGCCCUGCAGCGAUUGAAACCCACUAGUAUUCGUACUGCCUGGCUCUAAGUUAUUUGCACUUUGCCACCAGAUUUUUAGUUCUGAUGCAUUUGCAGAUUGCUGUAAAGGCUGUGCAAGAGUAUUGUAAUAUUCACUGUUGGUGAUUAAAGGACACUGGAAAGUGAUAUUAACUACAAACAGAUACAACACUGAUUAUUAUUGUUGUUGUUUUUUGAGCAAGCAAGAUCUUUACUAUAUGUGUUGGAUAAUAUCUUCCCAAUCAGUAUUUCUGCUAAUGAUAUAUUUGUAUAAGAAAAGUGGCACUGUAAAUCUGAAGUUCAGAUGUGAGGAGUAGAGGGUGGACUUGUAGCACUUUUGGACCAGUAUAAAAGUGUAAAAAAAAUGCAUUUCAUUUUUCAUUGUACAAUAAACAUUUGCAUUGGAUUAGUUGCUCAAUCUUUUGUUUCUUACAGUAUAGCUGCUGUUUUUAAUUUAGCACAGUCAAUUUAUGCAGUCUUCAAGGAGAAUUACAUCGCUGGUGUUCAGUAUAAUUAUUUAUGAGGUCUUGUGGAAAUGGUAGAGUGACGAUAUGCAGUACAAUUCAACUCCGUUUCUUUCUGGUGAUUCUUGAAAUGGUUCUGUUUGGCUGAGUGCUUUCAGAUGAGCUUAUGUUUUGCUGCUGCUUCCGUGUCACAUUCCAAGAAUGAUUUUUGAUCAGGUCUCCAUGCGUAAUACUGAGAAAUGUUAUCUUUAAAUGUUUUAAUAUUACAUGUAUCCAGUAGCAGUCAGAAUGGAGGGAUGGAGGUGCUUACAUGACCUUCCCCUUGCAUUGCUGUGCCCUUAUCAGGAGGGGCAAGACAAAGGCGUACCUGAUGCGGUGUGAACACGCUGGCAGGAGCACCAGAUGUGUUUGCACUCCACAGGCCAUCUUGUUUCUCUGCCUCCUCGUAAGGUGCAACCAUGCAGGUGACGGGAGGUAAGCACCACCAACUUUCUAUGCUGACCCUUACUACUUAUAACUUAAGCAGUGCAUUUGGUUUUAUCCAUUGUCUCCCGUUAAAGCUUGGCAAACCUUUUGUUAAUUAAAUGAAGCUCUCCUUUUUGUGGAUUAAACUCAAUUUUGACAGCGAUUUUAAUGUCUUAAGCAGUAAACAUUAGACAAUGGUGUGGAAAAGAGUAGCCUCUGUGAACUAAAGCUCUCUUAUUGACCUUGCAAUGUAACUAACGUUUCAGUAGCUCUGCCAGUGUGAAGUAUAUGCACAAUUAUGCUGAUUGAAUGGUUCUUUAUGUAGAGUUUCACUGUUUCUUGAAUGAAGUACAAAUGAGCAAGCCAUCUUCUGGUUGCACUGUUUUUUAAAAAAAAACUACUAAGCACUUUUAAACCUUUCCGUGACUUUUUUCUCUUCAUAGAAAGCACAGUGUGUGCUAGCUUUAAACUGUAUCAUCUUAAAUGUUUUACUUGAUUGAUUAUGGAAGACAUGAAACUUGUAUGUCACUCUUUUUAAAGCUUUAAGUAAAUGAUUAAUUGAA